UUUCGCUUCCUUAUACAACUCUCAAGGCAUUACUACUAGACCAUGUCAGGUAUGCAAAUUUUGAUUGCAGUAAAGAAGGGGAAUUUCCUAAAACUAUUCAUCAGGACAUUAAAAGUUCUACUACAUCACGUUAUCCUAAUCCAGUGCAGAUUCAAGGUUAUGCAAAUAAUUCAUUGCGGAGUUGCAGUGCGUUUCACGAAGAUGGGCAGAAGUUUGGUCAGUGUUUGUCCUGUGGCAAGUUCCAUGCUUUUAAUUCAUGUAAAUUUCGUAAUUCUGAAUGCUUUAAAUGUGAUGAUAUUGGAUAUAUUCAGUCAGUGUGCAAUACUAAUGUUCAUGUUAUUGCAACUAAUAUUAAGUCUUGUAAUUCUGAUUCUACUGAGUCGAGUAUUUAUAAUGAUGAUUUAUCUUUAUCAACUAUUGCAAUAGACAGUGAAGAGUCAAAAAGCAGUUCAGAGUUAAAUGAAAUCCAGAAUUCUUGUGAGACAACAGUUCCUAAUCAACCGAUUUAUCAGAAUUCUCAUGUUAUUGUACCAGGUAUGACUUUUCCUAAUGAUUCACAUAUUUCUGAUGAAAUUUCUUACAAAUCUGAGGAAAAUAUGUUAAAUGAACCUAUUCAUUAUCAAAAACCUGAGGCAGUCAUGAUAGAUGCUAAUUUUUCUAAUGAUCCAUUGCUCUGCAAUGACAUUCUUAGUCAAUUUCAUGAAAAUAUUUCAGUAGAAUCAAAUCCUGAUGUCAUAUGUAUUACAUAUCCUCAUAAUGCAUUUGCUCCUUGUGAAAAACUUGUUCAAUGCAAAGCACGAAUACUAAAUGAGCUCGAUUUUGAUUACAUUUCUGAUGAUUUCAUAUCAACUGUUGUUCAUCCUUAUCACAAAAACACUUCUAAUGUUUACUCUAAUCAAUGUGAUAAAUAUGUUUUAAAUGAAGCUACAUUAUUCAUAACUUGGGAAUAUAAAGACCCAACAUUAUUUCGUGGGGGGGGGAUAGCGUUGAAAAAUCUAUGGUUCCAAUUCGAGAUAUGAAUCAUUUCAGUACAAAACCGAUAUGUUGAUUGUAUACAAUUCCAGGUGAGUCUGUUUCGAUUUCGUUUGUUAAUUCCCAUACUAAUGAGCACAUUCUAGAUACUACAAAGUUUUCAUCCAGUACAAUGUCGGACAGACUCAGGAUGAACUUAACAAGAAAACAUACAACCGAUUGCAAACACUUAUACUUCUAUUUAAGCUGUGGCGGAUGUGGUGUUUGAAUUGACUAAUGAUACUUUUGUACAUGUUGAUUGCACAAUUUCGAAUUCCAAAUACAGUACAUUCGUUUGUGCCUGUCUUCUUAAUUCAAUUGCGUUAUUUCUGGGACUCUUAGUUCGUGCUAUAAUUCCAACAGGUAGAAUCAUUAUACUGGCGUCGUGAUGGAACCUGCAAUGGAAAAGUUGGACAUUCAUUCAACUUCGGAAGCUUUUGAGGAUUAUUUCGAAAGGUUCGAAAUCUGGGUCAUGACCAAGGAAGAUGACGAGGAUAUUAAUAUUGUGGCAUAUUUCCUCACAUUCAUCGGUAAAGAAGCAUACAGUUUAUUAAGAACGCUGGCUAUGCCGGAAAAACCCAUUUCGCUUCCUUAUACAACUCUCAAGGCAUUACUACUAGACCAUGUCAGGUAUGCAAAUUUUGAUUGCAGUAAAGAAGGGGAAUUUCCUAAAACUAUUCAUCAGGACAUUAAAAGUUCUACUACAUCACGUUAUCCUAAUCCAGUGCAGAUUCAAGGUUAUGCAAAUAAUUCAUUGCGGAGUUGCAGUGCGUUUCACGAAGAUGGGCAGAAGUUUGGUCAGUGUUUGUCCUGUGGCAAGUUCCAUGCUUUUAAUUCAUGUAAAUUUCGUAAUUCUGAAUGCUUUAAAUGUGAUGAUAUUGGAUAUAUUCAGUCAGUGUGCAAUACUAAUGUUCAUGUUAUUGCAACUAAUAUUAAGUCUUGUAAUUCUGAUUCUACUGAGUCGAGUAUUUAUAAUGAUGAUUUAUCUUUAUCAACUAUUGCAAUAGACAGUGAAGAGUCAAAAAGCAGUUCAGAGUUAAAUGAAAUCCAGAAUUCUUGUGAGACAACAGUUCCUAAUCAACCGAUUUAUCAGAAUUCUCAUGUUAUUGUACCAGGUAUGACUUUUCCUAAUGAUUCACAUAUUUCUGAUGAAAUUUCUUACAAAUCUGAGGAAAAUAUGUUAAAUGAACCUAUUCAUUAUCAAAAACCUGAGGCAGUCAUGAUAGAUGCUAAUUUUUCUAAUGAUCCAUUGCUCUGCAAUGACAUUCUUAGUCAAUUUCAUGAAAAUAUUUCAGUAGAAUCAAAUCCUGAUGUCAUAUGUAUUACAUAUCCUCAUAAUGCAUUUGCUCCUUGUGAAAAACUUGUUCAAUGCAAAGCACGAAUACUAAAUGAGCUCGAUUUUGAUUACAUUUCUGAUGAUUUCAUAUCAACUGUUGUUCAUCCUUAUCACAAAAACACUUCUAAUGUUUACUCUGAUCAAUGUGAUAAAUAUGUUUUAAAUGAAGCUACAUUAUUCAUAACUUGGGAAUAUAAAGACCCAACAUUAUUUCGUGGGGGGGGAUAGCGUUGAAAAAUCUAUGGUUCCAAUU